UGGCCUGAUGCUUGGCGCUGUCUCUCCUGAACGUCAGGGUUUAAGCAGAGCCCGAAGCCUGGGAAGUCUUUCCCUGAAACCUCAUCAAACCUGAAGCCAGUUGCAGAACUGCACAGGGUCCCCAUGGACCUCAAGGAGAGCCCCAGCGAGGGCAGCCUGCAGCCCUCCAGCUUCCAGAUCUUCGCCAAUACGUCCACCCUCCACGGCCUCCGCCACAUCUUCGUGUAUGGGCCGCUGACCAUCCGCCGUGUGCUUUGGGCCGUGGCCUUCGUGGGGUCCCUGGGCCUGCUGCUGGUGGAGAGCUCCGAGAGAGUGUCCUACUAUUUUUCCUACCAGCAUGUCACCAAAGUGGAUGAGGUGGUGGCCCAGAGCUUGGUUUUCCCGGCCGUGACCCUCUGUAACCUCAAUGGUUUCCGCUUCUCCCGACUCACCACCAAUGAUCUGUACCAUGCUGGAGAGCUGCUGGCCCUGCUGGAUGUCAACCUACAGAUCCCCGACCCUCAUCUCGCCGACCCCAUGGUGCUGGAGGCUCUGCGGCAGAAAGCCAACUUCAAACACUACAAACCCAAGCAGUUCAGCAUGCUGGAGUUCCUGCACCGCGUGGGCCAUGACCUCAAGGAUAUGAUGCUUUACUGCAAGUUUAAGGGACAGGAGUGUGGCCACCAAGACUUCACCACUGUGUUUACAAAAUAUGGGAAGUGUUACAUGUUUAACUCAGGAGAGGAUGGCAAGCCUCUGCUCACCACGGUCAAGGGGGGGACGGGCAACGGGUUGGAGAUCAUGCUGGACAUUCAGCAAGAUGAGUAUCUGCCCAUCUGGGGAGAGACAGAGGAAACGACAUUUGAAGCGGGAGUGAAAGUUCAAAUCCACAGUCAAUCUGAGCCGCCUUUCAUUCAGGAGCUGGGAUUUGGGGUGGCUCCAGGGUUCCAGACCUUCGUAGCCACACAGGAGCAGAGGCUCACCUACCUGCCCCCGCCGUGGGGGGAGUGCAGGUCCUCAGAGAUGGGGCUCGACUUCUUUCCUGUUUACAGCAUCACCGCCUGUCGUAUCGACUGCGAGACGCGCUACAUUGUGGAGAACUGCAACUGCCGGAUGGUGCACAUGCCAGGGGACGCUCCCUUCUGCACCCCUGAGCAGCAUAAGGAAUGUGCAGAGCCUGCCUUAGGUCUGCUGGCAGAAAAGGACAGCAAUUACUGUCUCUGCAGGACUCCCUGCAACCUGACCCGAUACAACAAAGAGCUCUCCAUGGUGAAGAUCCCCAGCAAGACAUCAGCCAAGUACCUGGAGAAGAAGUUUAACAAAUCGGAAAAAUAUAUCUCAGAGAACAUCCUCGUUCUGGAUAUAUUUUUUGAAGCUCUCAAUUACGAGACAAUUGAACAGAAGAAGGCGUAUGAAGUUGCUGCCUUACUUGGUGACAUUGGUGGUCAGAUGGGAUUGUUUAUUGGUGCUAGUAUCCUUACAAUACUAGAGCUCUUUGAUUAUAUUUAUGAGCUGAUCAAAGAGAAGCUAUUAGACCUGCUUGGCAAAGAGGAGGAUGAAGGGAGCCCAGAUGAGAACGUGAGCACUUGUGACACGAUGCCAAACCACUCCGAAACCAUCAGCCACACUGUGAAUGUGCCCCUGCAGACAGCCCUGGGCACUUUGGAGGAGAUUGCCUGCUGACACCCCUCAGGCUACCCAGCACCUCCAAAUAGACCUUAAGGCCCAAGACCUAGGACAGGGGACAGCAAGCUCAGGUGGGAUGGCCCCUGAAGACAGAAAGAAGCAAGAGCCCCCUAUGCACACAUUGCAAAACUUCUGCCAAACCUCGCUCCGGCCAUGUCUGACAUGAAGCGUCCCUGAGCCCCGCCGUGUGUCCUCGUAGGAGAGAUGAGUCACACUGGAACUGUCCAAGAACCAACCUGCCAUCACAUCUCACUGCCAGAUGUAUAAAGCACCUGCAUGCUCAGACUUCUUACAGCCAGCACCACCUCCACAUCUGUCUUGUACAUGAUACUCCUCCGUGUGGUCUCCAGCAUCUGUGCGGUGGGACCUGAUGCCAGCCCCUCAACAUCGCCGUGAGGCCAUGCUGGAAUCAACACUACACAGCCCAGAAGGAAGCCGCAGAACUCUCUAUGAUGUUCAAUUCCUGUGUCCUUUGUGAAGAUUCUUAACCUACCCAAGAACCCCCACUUCCCCCAAACUAGCCCCUGGGGGGGUCUGGCACCAAAGGUGACCAGUGCCAACCUCCCUUUCACCCCAGCGCCUGUGGAGGUGGCACAGUGGCCUGGGUGACCCCACUAUCCAUCCAUGGAGCCACGUUGUUCUGUGACACCGCUGUAUAGUCUGAUUCUUUUCAUUUUAAUUUGGAGGGGCUUUUUGUUUUUGUUUGUCUAUUGAAGAUCAUUUUGCUUUUGUUUUGUGGCUUUUCAUUUUGAUGUUCUGAGGUUUGGUUGUUUUUUUUUUCUUUCCUUUCCAUUUUCUUUGGAGUUUAUUUAUUCGUGCUUUGACUCACAGUCAUAUUAAAAGCUGGUCUU